AAGAACUGAGAGGAUUGGUACAAAGAGCCAUCACUUCUGUUUUUAACUUUUAUUUCUCUUUAUUGGGUCUUCCUCAUUUCUUCAUUUCAAAGCUCAUUUUUUUCUAUCGUUUCUCUUCCUGGGCUUGGUCAAGAUUUUUUCUUUUCUGGGUUUGGCUUCAAGUUUUCCUUUCCUGCUUUAAAUAGAAACUGUAAAUUGGGUUCCUAAGGUUUUUUUGAUUGGAUGUCUGGGUUGGUUUCAUUUCCUGGACUUUUUAUAUCAAAGAUUCAACCUUUUGUAAUUGCAGAUUGUAGAAUGUCUGUUUAUUAAAUUAGUGGGAUUUCUACCCUUUGUUUGGAGAAGAUUUACAAAUUUCCCAAAGGCUGCAAGGUUUAGAUUUUAUUACAGAAUUGCAGUGUGCUCUAAGGUGGUUUAGAUUUUCUUAAAAAAAGUUGAAUAUCUGAGAGUUUUAGGUGAUUUAAAAGAUGACAAUUGGGGAUAUAUCACCAAAGAAGGAGAGGAAGUCAAGGAGGAGCAAACAUGUUGUUGAUGAGAAAGCUCCCUUGUUGCCUAAACGACAAGAUGAGGCUGGUGGUUAUGAUGAAUUCAAUGGAGCUUCAUUUACUGGUGCAGUGUUCAACUUGUCAACAACAAUUGUUGGUGCUGGCAUCAUGGCCUUGCCUGCUACAAUGAAAGUUCUGGGAUUGAUUCUUGGGAUUGCCAUGAUAGUCUUCAUGGCAUUCUUAACUGAUGCCUCCAUUGAAUUCUUGCUUAGGUUCAGUAGGGCUGGAAAAUCAACUUCUUAUGGAGGUCUUAUGGGAGAUGCAUUUGGAAAGUAUGGGAGAAUCUUUUUGCAAGUCUGUGUUCUGGUCAACAACAUUGGUGUACUCAUUGUAUACAUGAUUAUUAUUGGUGAUGUGCUUUCUGGAACAUCAUCAAGUGGGGUGCACCAUGCUGGUGUCCUUGAAGGGUGGUUGGGAGAACACUGGUGGAAUGGCCGCACCUUUGUUCUUAUCGUCACAACACUCGGCAUCUUCUCUCCAUUGGCAUGUUUCAAGCGGAUCGAUUCCUUAAGAUUUACAUCCGCCUUAUCCGUUGCUCUAGCAGUUGUGUUUCUUGUCAUUACUGUUGGAAUAGCAAUUAUCAAGUUGAUUAGCGGAACUGUAAUGAUGCCUAGAUUGCUUCCCGAUGUCACUGAUUUGACCUCAUUCUGGAAACUCUUCACCACAGUCCCCGUUUUAGUCACUGCGUAUAUCUGCCAUUACAAUGUCCACAGCAUAGAUAACGAACUGGAAGAUUCAACCCAGAUAAGACCGGUUGUGCGAACAGCUCUGGCUUUAUGCUCAACUGUUUACAUAAUGACAAGCUUUUUCGGAUUCCUUCUAUUUGGUGACGCCACAAUGGAUGAUGUGCUUGCCAACUUUGAUACCAACCUUGGCAUCCCCUAUAGCUCCCUGCUUAAUGAUGCUGUCCGUGUCAGCUAUGCUGCUCACCUCAUGCUCGUAUUUCCCAUUGUCUUCUAUCCAUUGCGACUAAACAUGGAUGGCCUCCUCUUCCCUUAUUCAAGUCCUCUAGCUCAGUCUAAUAUAAGGUUUGCUUGUAUUACUGCCGGACUCAUAGCAGUUAUCUUCUUGGGUGCGAAUUUCAUACCCAGCAUCUGGGAUGCUUUCCAGUUCACUGGAGCAACUGCUGCUGUUUGCCUUGGCUUCAUUUUUCCUGCUGCGGUUACUCUUAGGAAUCACCACUUCAUAGCAACAAAGAAGGACAAGAUGUUAGCUCUUUUCAUGAUUGUCCUUGCCGUAUUCUCAAAUGCUGUAGCCAUAUACAGCGAUGCAUAUGCCCUAUUUAAGAAGAAUUCCGGAGCAGGACCCAGGGCAUGAUCCAUCUAGCAGAUCCCUUGGUUGCACAAAAUGAGAUUUUAUGUCACCAAAUCCUUGAAGACACCUGGUUUUUAUAGUUAUCUUUCGAUAUCCAAUUUGAAAAUCCAGGUGUUCGGAGGAGGUUUGAUAAGCUAUAUAAUAAGAUGUAACUUUGCUUCCAAUGUAUGAAAGUUAGAUUGUGUAGGGAAGUGUAUGAAGUUCAUACGUCAUACCCCCUCCCCCCUCCUCUACUUAGGUCAUGUAAGACAUUAAAACAAGUUGUAAAAUAGCAAAUAUAGCAUAUUUCAGAUUUGUAGAAAAAUAAUGAUUUUGCUUGCA